AUGGGGAGAAGUCUAAGUCCAUCAAUGAGGAGAAGUCUAAAUCAGUCAAUGAGGAGAAGUCUACGUCCAUCAAUGGGGAGAAGUCUAAGUCCAUCAAAGAGGAAGUCUAAGUCGAUCAGUGAGGAGAAAUCUAAGUCCAUCAAUGGGGAGAAGUCUAAGUCGAUCAGUGAGGAGAAGUCUAAGUCCUUCAAUGGGGAGAAGUCUAAGUCCAUCAAUGAGGAGAAGUCUAAGUCCAUCAAUGAGGAGAAGUCUAAGUCAGUCAAUGAGGAGAAGUCUACGUCCAUCAAUGGGGAGAAGUCUAAGUCCAUCAAGGAGGAGAAGUCUAAGUCCAUCAGUUCUAAGUCCAUCAAUGAGGAGAAGUUUAAGUCAAUCAAUGGGAAGAAGUCUAAGUCCAUCAAAGAGAAGAAGUCUAAGUACAUCAAUGAGGAGAAGUCUAAGUCCACCAAUGGGAAGAAGACUAAGUCCAUCAAAGAGAAGAAGUCUAAGUCAAUCAAUGGGAAUAAGUCUAAGUCCAUGAAUGGGGAGAAGUUUAAGUCCAUCAAUGAGGAGAAGUCUAAGUCCAUCAAUUGUAAGAAGUCUAAGUCGAUCAAUGAGGAGAAGUCUAAGUCCAUCAAUGGAUAA